UAGUUUGAUAGUGAUCCAACGCAACAUGCCGGUUUAGUGUGCAUGUGAACGUGCACGGUAUGAUGUGUGCAUGUUUUAGGAGACUUUUUUUUUCUUCUUCAUAUAUCAGUCCUGCCCUUCUGUGACACUAAAACCUUGAGAUCUGUGCAGACAGACAGCUGAACGCUCUGCCCACGGCUCCAACGGAAGAAGCGUUGCCAUGGAUGAGGGUCAGGGCAACUACCUGGACUUCCUCGGCCUGUUCAAUGACACCUACGAUACCACUGACUCAUCCUAUGUGGUCAGUGAAGCAGUCAAACUCUGUGCUAAAACUGAUGCCAAUAACUUUGGUGCAACAGUCAUCCCACUGUUCUACUGGAUAAACUUCCUCCUCAGUUACCUGGGCAACGGGCUCGUUCUCAUCAUAAUUUUCAAGUAUGAGAAGCUCAACACGGUGACGAACAUUUUUCUCCUCAAUCUGGUUCUGUCAAACUUCCUGUUUGCCUCUAGUCUGCCCUUCUGGGCCACGUACCACAUGUCUGAGUGGAUCUUCGGCGUGGCCAUGUGCAAGCUGGUCAGCAGUGCUUAUUUGAUUGGCUUCUACAGUUCCAUCCUCUUCCUCACGCUUAUGACCUUUGACCGGUAUCUUGCCGUGGUGCAUGCAGUUGCCGCUGCCAAGAGCAGGAAGAAAGCCUAUGCCAUCAGUGCAUCAGUAGCAGUUUGGUGCAUUAGUAUAUUUGCAAGCGUCAAAGAGCUGGUUCUCCAAAACGUGUGGAAGAGUCCUUUGAACGGACUGAUAUGUGAUGAGUCUGGCUUCCAUAAGAGCAUCAUGGAUCGCUGGCGUUUGGUGACUUACUACCAGCAGUUCUUUCUUUUCUUUCUCAUCCCUCUGCUCAUGGUGAUUUAUUGCUACAUCAGUAUCACCAUCCGCAUCCUGUCCACACGGAUGGCGGAUAAGUGUCGUGCCAUCAAGCUCAUAUUUGUCAUCAUCUUGACCUUCUUCAUCUGCUGGACACCCUACAACAUUGUCAUCCUCCUCCAAGCUGUUCACAUCACUGUCGGUGGACCGUCACCCGACUGCGCCGUCUCAGACAGGCUGGACUACGUGAUGUAUGUCACACGCAACAUCGCCUACUUGUACUGUUGCAUCAGUCCCGUAUUUUACACCUUUUUGGGGAAGAAGUUCCAGAGGCACUUCCUUAUGCUGCUGGGAAAGAGAAUCCCCUGUCUGAAGAAACACAUCAGCUUCAGCAGCCAGAGCACCAGGUCCACAUCUCAGAGGACGCCCCACUCCACAUAUGACUACUGAAUACUGCAAGAACUUGUGUCAAUUUUAUAGCCUUCACCAUGAUUAGUCCCAAGCCAAAACUCAGGGCCUGUAUCCACAAAGCUUCUCAAAGAGCUCCUAACUUAGCCUAAAUCAG